CACUACCUAACAGGCACCACCUCUCUGCUCAUGCCAAUUACCAUGUCAGGGUGAUUUCACAGUCAUGGUGACUGCUGCAUAUAUAUAUGUAAGCUUUGGGUAGGAGAUUUACUUAGCAAAGCACUGACAGAUGUGAAAGAGGCCAGACACCCAGCUCCACCAUGAAGAUGACAGGAGUCUUUUUACUUCUCACUCUGGCAGUUUUCUGCUUUUCCAGUGCUGCCAGUCAAAAUGGGAGCCAGGUUGACUGCAGUGAAUUUAAGAAUGUAGAGAGAGGUAGAGAGACCUACUGUGCAAAGAUCUACCAACCUUAUUGUGGCUCUGAUGGCAAAACAUAUACAAACAAGUGUUCCUUUUGUGCAGCAGUCAUGAAAAGUAAUGGGACACUGCGUCUGAAGAAAACCGGUGAAUGUUGAAUGAAUCCCCAUUGUAUCUGAGUCUGAUUCCUGAUUACACUAUCUGUAUCCAUUAUCAGUUUGGAUCAUAUCACUGUCUCUUGAGUUUACUUUAUUAAACAAGCAA